UUAAAAAUGUCUGCCCCGCCACCUUACAAUCCUCAAUACAAUUGUUAUCCACCACAGCCUCAACCUAAUUACGGUCAGCCACAACCGGGAUAUGCCUAUGGAGGUCAAUAUCCAGGGUAUCCACAACAGCAGCCACAAGUUGUCGUGGUGGAAAGGAACCGGCCAUCUCGUGACAACAAUUGUUGUCUUUGGGCAUUGUUGGCUCUUUGCUGUGGUUGUUGCAUAGCUGACUGUUGCGAUUAA